AUGACGUCUCUCGCGUCCGCGCCUGCUGCCAAGUCGCUCGCGAUGCGACGCAACAGCCAGCACGGUCAUGUCGCCAUGUCUCACGAGACGCGAUUGCCGCGCGAGUUGCUCGCUCAGAUCGGCAUUAGCGGCAAAGAGGUGGUCAAAAUCAUUCGAGCCCGUGGCUGGGACAUUGUCGAGCCGCACGGCUUGCAACAACAAAAUUUGUAUUACUUACCAGGGGUUUUGCAAAAAGUCGAAUUUGGCAAUUAUGCCACUCGCCAACAUCGCGACUUUUUGGUCGGGGAAGGCGAGUUGUACGCGUUUAUUCUUCGAGAGGGGGGACUCGGGUUUUUACUCCCGGACGAAGCACCGCUGAGGACGGCUGCACCGUCUGCUGUCGACGACCGUUUAUUGGUGACAAAGCCGUGCGACAUGUCGCAGCAACGAACGGAUCAACGCAAGUGGAAGCGCCGCAAGAAACUCUCGACGGCCAGGAGGACAGUGGCUACCACUAAUGAGACAAUGGCUACAUUGGUGGACAGGAAGGACGUGGCAAUUGGACUGGAGCAGGCAAUGGAAGAACGGACGAAGCUGACAGCUGAAGUAGCUGAAGUAGCAGCAGUCGAGCCGUUGGACGAGCAGGAGCUGGAUCCAGUAGGGACAAGAGUCAAGUGUCAAGGGACGUCAAAAGAUGAUGCUGCUGCUGCUGCUGCUACUUCUGUUGCUGCUAGUUCUGCUGGUUCAUCUAGUCAAGAUCCAGAGUGGAUGGAGUAUGAAAAGUCACUGAAGGCUCGAGGAUGGCGGGCUCAGUUGCUGCAAGAUGUUGACGUGCAUUUGCUGCGGUCGACGGCUGCAGUCGAUCGCAGACAGCGAACUCGCGAGAGGGCGAGUGCAAGUAGAAGGAAUAGCGCACAACCGAUGCAUAGUGUCGGUCCGCACGUUGUUGAGGCAACAGAACUGGUGCAGGAGAUUGACGCACUGAUGCACAGCAUACGCGCUUCGCAAGAGGACUUGUCGAGUAUGAUCGAGUCAAUCAUUGUUGAUGGAGAGCAACGGACGAUUCCGGAUCGGAUUGAUCCGGUUGGACGGAUUGGUAUCCCUGCUUUUGUGUCGACAGGACUCGACAGUCUGGUGCUGAUGCGGGAUAUCGAGCGCUAUUUGCUUCUUUUUGUUGCCGCUGUGCGUCGAUAUCAACGUGCGCGGAAUUCCAUGUGUGCUGGUCAUCCUGCAAGUGGGUUGUUACAAUCAUCUGAUCGGGCUGUGAAACGAAAGGACUUGCGUGCUCUGCAAUUGACCAUUGAAGAAUCAAAAAGAGAGCUGCAGGAGUUGGCAGGUUUAGUCGCUGCAGACAUCGUCAAGUCGUGCCAGGAUCAUGCUUGGAAUUCCACAUCGGAGAUCUCAAGUCCCGGCGCUUUGCAAGGCUCUCAUCAGGCUACUUUACAGAGCCCUUCUUGGGACACUUUAAGAACCGCGGAUGUCGACGUAGAUUUAGAUACUGACCGCGAUCAGUCGUCUAGUCAACGAAAUGUGGCAUCUCCUCGGCUUGAGGGAGGUCAGUGGUUCGUAUGA